UUAAAAGGUGAAUGGCUCUUAUUGCUGUCUAGCUAAUCAAAUGGAGAAAAUGCACAUUAAACGUUUCUAAAUGUGAAUUUUACAACUGUACUUGUGCCUGAAAGCCUUUAUGAGGAUUUUAUGAUUAAAAGUACAUGUCCUUCUCUAUCCAUUGCACUUUAAGCGGAGUGUGAUAGAGUCGUUUCCUCUGCUCUCAUGAGGCAUUAGCAUGCUAGCAUGCCCUCUGAUUUUAUAUCUCUCCUGAGCGCCGAUAUCGACCCUGGUUCACCCAAAUCCCUCUAUUCCAAAGAGUCAGUGUAUGACCUGCUCCCUAAAGAGUUGCAGUUGCCCUCGGCCGUUCAGCAGGAGAACUCAACUAUGAGCCAGAAGAGUGGUGGAGAGGCUGGACAUCAUCUUCCAGCUGCCCUAGUCUCAGAUGCUGCCGCCACCUGCACCGUCGCCUCCCCUGGAGGCCUCAGCAGUAUACAUCCUUCCUGUCCCAGCAUGCUCUCUGCUAUCUCAAUCCAAGAGCAGACCUCCAGGCUCCACAGUGGUCCCGCGGCAGAAGGGAUGGGAGAGGAGCAUGGACCAGUGGUGGCCAUAACUGGGGUUGCUGUGAGUGAUGCUGUCGGAUCCACACAGAGCCAGGCGACCCCCUCGAAACGACGGACUGUCCUGAGCAUCUCUCCACCUCCGGAAGAUUUGUUGGAUGACAGUCGCAUGUCCUGCCAGGAUGACCUGCUGCCCAACCCAGACUCGGAGCAGAGCGGUAGCAUGUGGAUGGACGAGUCUGUGUCCAACUUCAGUUUAGCCAGCAACAGUUCAUACAACGACAAUACUGAAGUGCCCCGAAAGUCUCGCAAGAGAACUCCUCGCCAGCGGCCAGGGCCAAAACCUGCAGCCCGGGAAGAAGAUGGCAUGGAUGUGUUUGAUGCAGACAGUGCCAAAGCACCACACUUUGUCCUUUCCCAACUGGGUUCAGACACCAAAGUCACACCCAAAGCAAGCUCCCUGGAAGUGUCGAACAAUCUGAAAGGUGGUGUUCUUUCCAUUCAGUACCCGCAGAAGAGUGAAGGAAAGGAGCUAAAGAUUUUGAUUCAGCCGGAGACUCAGCACAGAGCGCGAUACCUCACAGAGGGCAGCAGAGGAUCCGUCAAAGACCGUACACAGCAAGGAUUCCCUAAGAUCAAAUUAGAGGGAGUCAAUGAACCGGUGGUGCUCCAAGUUUUUGUGGCUAAUGACGCUGGGCGUGUGAAGCCUCAUGGGUUUUAUCAAGCCUGCAGAGUGACUGGGCGCAACACGAUGGCCUGUAAGGAGGUGGAUAUCGAGGGGACCACAGUAAUUGAAGUAAACCUCGACCCAAGCAAUGCUAUGAUGCUAGCAGUGGACUGUGUUGGAAUCUUGAAGCUGAGGAAUGCAGAUGUUGAAGCUCGUAUAGGGGUUGCCGGCUCCAAAAAGAAGAGCACUCGCGCUCGCUUGGCCUUCAGAGUCAACAUCUCAAGACCAGAUGGAUCUGUCCUAACCCUCCAGACUCUCUCUUCUCCCAUCCUAUGUACUCAACCUGCUGGAGUGCCUGAAAUCCUAAAGAAGAGUCUUCACAGUUGCUCUGUCGCAGGAGGAGAGGAGGUCUUUAUUAUCGGCAAGAACUUCCUCAAAGGAACAAAAGUUGUUUUUCAGGAAAAUUCUUCAGAUGAGAGUGGCUGGCAAGCUGAAGCAGAAAUUGAUAUGGAACUUUUCCAUCAGAAUCAUCUAGUGGUGAAGGUUCCUCCAUAUCGUGACCAGACAGUGACCUCCCCAGUGUCUGUAGGGAUUGCCGUGGUGACAGACGCAGGGAGAACGCAUGAUUUACAGCCUUUUACCUACAAUCCUCUAACAGAGAAAGUUGAUAUCCCAGUGAAGUCAGAAUUGCCAGCCACAAUCAAGACUUGCACUUUUGAAGAACAGAUAAAAGCAAUGCAAACUGAGACCAGAUGUCUAAACACUGUUGUAAUGUUACCUGUGGUCAAACGAGAAGAACCUAUGGAAGUCUCCUGCAACGCAACACCUUCAAACAUUUUCAAGCCUGUAGAGGCCCUUAGUUCAACCCAACAAAUCCUGGAGAUAAAUACCGUCCUGCCCUCUGGCAGUAAGUCUUUUCCGAGCCCUGUGCCACUGCAACCUGUUGACUCACAACAGCCUGCGGCUCAAAUUUUUACUCAAGAAACCUUGUCCACCAUUCCGAAGCAGGACAUUUCUUCACCUGCAUCAUUCCAAGUGUCCUUAUCUGAAGACACAACAGUUCUUCAGCCUGUUUCUCCACAGGUCCCUCAGCAAUUCCUGCGAGAAACCCCGGAGACUUUGUCUCCAGAAGACAACAGUUCAGAUGGAAGUGGAAUGGUAUUAGUGGGCAUAGAGUCUCAGUCUACUUCAUCCCAGCAGCCACAGGUUCAGACACUUUUGCCCCAGGAAGGGGUUACACAGCUGGAGAGAGCAGUACGAGAGCUGCAAGCACAGCAGCAGCUAAAUUCUGUGCUUUACAGCUCAGCACUCUCAGCAGAGAGUCUCCAGCAACACGUCCAGGAAAAUAUGAACAGUUUAAGACUGGGUGGAAAUGAGAGUACCUUAAUCAACCAGCAACAGCAGCAGCAAGAGCAGAAUAUAUUGGAAAAUCUGCAACAGCAGCAACAGAAGGCACUUGUGGAUCUACAACAUCAACAGACAGUCCUUGAAAAUUUGCAGCAGCAUCAGAAAGUCCUUGAAAACCUUCAGCAACAGGCUCUUGGAAGCUUGCAGCAGCAGCAAACACACAACAAAGUUUUAGAGAGCCUGCAGCAUCAACAUCAGCACCAGAAAGUUCUUCAGAACAUUCAGCAACAAAGUUCUAUAGUCACUCUGCAGCAUCAAAAAUUUCUCGAUAAUCUCCAACAGCAGCAACAGCAUCAGAAGAAUCUAGAAACACUUCAGCAUCAGGUAGUAUUAGAGAACCUAAAGCAGCAAUUGCAGUCGGAACUUUUGCAGACACAAAUUCAAAUGCAGUGCACACCCAGCUUCACUAGCAAUCCACAAAGCUCCACACAGGCUAGUGCUUUAUCACAACCCUCUGAAGGUUUUCUCCAGAAUCCACCCCAGCAGCAAAUGCAGCAGCAGACUGCGCUAUUCCAACAGACAGGCGGUCUUAUGACCAUUCAAACAUCCAGCUUUCUGCAGCAACCUUCGUCCCAACCCUCGCCUCCACAGCAGCUUUUUCAGAGUCAUAAUCCCUUGACUGAAACACAAGACUCACAAACAGUACUCUUUGGAACCACAAAGGCACCACAGGUCCAAGCAAACUUAUUCCCUGGUACUAUGACAAUGCUAACAAGUACCAAUCUACAGUCAGAGCAGCAGGCUUCCUCAGCUAGCGUGUUUAUUGCGCAAAGUGUGUUGCCUAGCCAACUACCAUCCGAUAAUAACCAGAACCAGCAGCAACAACAGAUAGCUUUUCUCACACCCAUGCAGACUUCUGGAACAGAAGCCCAGACUGUCUCACUUUUUCAGGGACAAGCCCAGUUGUCCACCCCAAUGGAACAACAACAGUCCCCCCAACAACAACAGAUGGCUACACCCGAACAAGCUUCUCUUUUCACAAAUAUUACGACAAUAUCUCAAAAUCAAGCACAGCAACAAACACAGACUGGCAUAUUGUUCUGUACCACGACCAUUAACCCCCAUGAUCUGCCCCAGGCUCUGCUAUUCAGUGGUCAGAACCAAGGUCCAUUAGGAAGCGAUCGCCUCCAAGAGAAUAUUUUUCAGGAGCAGCAACCCAUGCAAGUUGUCCCCAUUCCUGAAAAUGUUACUGUGAACAAUUCUUCAAACCAACCCACAGUCCCUCCUGCCCAACCAAUUCAGAAUCCAUCAAUUAUGUUUCCCCAAGCCAGUGUUGUAAGUGUUGCCCCACAAGACUCAUCAGAGCCCAUGUCUUUUCAGGAUCAGACUUCGAUCGUGAGCGACUCAUCUGCCAGUAUGCCUUCAACACAGUCAGAACUUUUUCAGGACCAGCAACCUAUGCAGGUUGUUCCGAGUACCACCAGCAUAACCCCCGUCUCCCCUACGGACCAACCAUCCAUCAACCUUUUUUUGCCUCAGUCAGCCAUUUCAGCUCUUCAAAGUGGAGUUAGUGCUCAAGAGUUACCUCCAACUGCCACAGCAGCCACCAUCUUUAGUGGACGUGGUGGUGUGGCACUGGGUGGUCUGCAGAACACCACACCUACACCCACUCAGCAAACUCCCAGCCAACUCUUUCAGACAACUAUUGGGGGAACUCUCAGCCAGCCUGGACAAGCAGGCCUGUUUCUCUUUGAGAUUCCCAGUGAAUGUGGACAGCUAAUCAAUUCUCCUGGUCCGACAUUAUCAGAUCAACUUGUAACCAUGGGGCAUGCUGGAUCCGAUCAGAACCAGAGCCAACUUCAGACUAGUGCACAGAUUCAAACUUUAUUGGACCAGACCAGCAACCUUGACGAUAAGAUAGAUGAACUUUUGGAACAAUUUCAAGAGCAAGGCACGACGCUCCCUAGGGAUUUCUUGGACCAUUAAAGAUAAGUAGUGUGAAACUUCACUCCAGUAGACCAAUGUCUCCACUGCUUUUUCAGUGUUUCUUUACAUUUUAUGUAAAAUCCCUUUAUUCCUUUAUUGUCACUCAACCAUAUACACAAGUGCAACAGUGGGUGAAAGUCUUGAAACAGUGGGUGAAUGAUUUGAGUCGGAGCUCGCAACGCAGCAGCUAUACUCUGUGCCAUCUUGAGCAUGCAAGAAUGUAGGCAUUGUCCAAACUUGCAACGGUCAAAUAGGUGUUUCCAGUUAUCUCUAUUUCUGAAAUCUUAUAAUGUGUUGUUUCGGUGGGAUGUUACCUUCUCUUGAUGGACAUUUAAUGGGCCACUUCAUUGAAGCCAAUGUGUGGCAUGUCAGCAUAUCAUUUGACCCAUUAAGUAUAUUGGCACUUUGCUACUUUGGAUUAUGUGCUUAACUUCUACUUAGUUUUUUUUUUUUUUUUUAUUGUUUUGGUGCAGUUUUCACAAGCAAGUGGUACAUUUUCAAAACUCUUAGUACAAAACUUUAAACUGAUCACACUUGUAACACCGCUAGUCAUUCUUUCAAAACCUGAUCUCAUGCUUUCAUUCUAGUUGCACAUAUUUUCAUUCCACAUAAUCAUUGUUUCAAAACACAAGAUCAUCGUAAUAUGUAAUGAGAACAUUUGGUUUAAUCACCAAAAUACAACAGUAAGAUCUUCUUUCAACGUAGUACUUUUAACAAUCAGUUAAUUCAGUAGCAAACAAUACAAGGUACAGGUUUCAAAUCACCCUUGGUGCUGAAUGAAUGUUACUUUACUGUAAAACUGUAUACACAGCCAUCACAAUGGAUGUUACACUUACGUUCGUACAAACAAACAAAAGCCAUAUAAAAAAAAACAUGUUUAUAUAACAUGAUCAAAGAACACAUCAAAAGUAGUUUACAGUUUUUACAACAAUACUGUGGUUGCAUUGUGAAAAAAAAAAAAAAAUGUAAAUGGAGAUCUGAAAUACACAAAAUAUUAAUUAACAUCAAGCCGGUCUAAAACAUUUGGCCAUACAUUUUCAUCAACAUCACAGUGAAUGUCCUCAUUGUUCAGGCACCGUGGGAAAAACCUUCCGGCAUGACGAAUCCAGGCUUGACAUUGCUCUGCAGUUAUAUUAUUGCAAGCUUCAUCCAUGGCUUGAAGAAGGGUGACAUGCUCAUGGGGAUGGCGAUCAUACACGUUCCACCUCCAUGUAGAGAAGAAUUCCGCAAUUGGGUUGAGGAAAGGGGAGUAUGGGGGAAGGUACAAGCUCAUGAACCGAGGAUGUGCCUGAAACCAUUCCCGAACCAGCUCUGCAUGGUGGAAACUGACAUUGUCCCACACAAUAACAUAGAUGACAUCUUCACCCUGACAUGCCUGCUCAAGCUCAUUUAGAAAAGCUAUCAGGUGUUCAGUGUUGUAUGAUCCAAGAACUGGUCUACGGCCUACCAUACCAUCUUCAGAUAUAGCCGCACACAUUGAGAUGUUUCCCCCACGUUGGCCGGGCACUUGGAUGGUUGCCCUUUGGCCAAUAAGGUUACGUCCACGGCGUCUGUUUUUUGCCAGAUUGAAACCCGCCUCAUCAACAAAAAUAUACUUGUGAUGAUUCACAGCAGCAUCCAGCUCCAUCACCCUCUAAAAUAAUAAUUUGGUUAGCUCUUUUACAAAUAAUAGUUGACUUUGUUAGUCUGUAGUACAUUACUGUAAAUUUCAUGUCUGUCACAUACAGUAAAAGCUGAACAUACAGUACACCGAUUUAGUGUUGUACCUGAACAUAUUCUGAACGCAGUUGUUUCACCCGGGCAUUGUUUCUCUCAAAAGGCACCAGGUAAAUUUGUUUCAUAGAAACCUGGUGCUUCUUCAAAAGGCAAUAGUUGGAAGGCUAAUUGUUGCCACAUUGGAAAAGGUGUCAUUGCUCUCCUCGAUAGCCUGCUUGAUUUCAGACAGCCAUAUGUCAUUCCUUGCCCUGACCAUUUCCACCACAGCCAACUCCUGCUGGUCAGUCAGAACACGUGGGCGACCACCAGGUUGUCUCCUGUUAAUUCUGAGAGUAAAACAGUAUGCUGUCAAUAUUUUACUACUGUAAAUGACAUAAAACUGUGACAAUUACAUGUUGAUCUUCUAUACAGUAAUGCCAUUUACAGUACUAUAUUGUAAAAGUAUAGUGAAUAGUUACUGAAGCAGACUUACCGGUUUUCUUGGCAAAGUUCUGAUGAUAGCGCUGACAGUUGACCUUUUGUAAGUUAGGCUGAACUAACCUGGCAGCCUCUGCCGUGGUAAGGCCUCUGUUAACCACAUGGUCAACAAUGAUGGCCCGGACUUCAUUUGGGAUGACAGUACGCUGUCUUCUGCCUACAUUUCUCUGAAGACCACCUCUUUGUUGAGGAGCACCACCACCUCUUUGUCUAGGCCCAUGGCCGCCUCUUUGUUGAGGAGCACUACCACCUCUUUGUCUAGACCCAUGGCCACCUCUUUGUUGAGGAACACCACCACCUCUUUGAUGCAGGUUUCCUCUCUCUACAAGUCUAUCCUGCUCCAUGUUUGAACAUUGCAAAUUCUCACACACAGUUCUACUUAUAUGGUAUCUAAUUGUGUUCAUCGGGUGAAAGUAAUUAGUAAUUUUGAAUUAUUAUAAUUGGUCUUUCUUGACUGAAAGCUGUUACAGCAAUUUGUAACUUACAAAUUAUCAGACAACAAUCAGACCAGUUGAAAAUCUAUGGACAUUAAUAAAUGAUUCAUUGAUUAAACAUUAAGAUCAGUUGAAUUAAAUGAUAGACAAAUGUAUUAAACUGAAUGAUAAGAGAUGCAAAUCAAAAGUAUGAUAUUGAUAAGAUUAUGAAAGGCAGUUACUGUGAAUGAAUAGUUGAUAUAGAUGAAACACAUUGUGUAUUGAAAAGGAUACUUUGUGAUUUUGUGUUUUGUACUAACACAAUUGAAAAUAUGCUGAAAUGUUUGAAAAAAGUGUAUUUUUGAUGAUCUGUUGUGAGAUUAGUACUAAGAGUUUUGAAAAUUUACCACUUGCUUGUGAAAAUUGCACCAAACCAAUUAAAAAAAAACUGUAAAUCUUCUCCAUUUAAUGGAACUAAAACAGUGUACAACUCAAACUCUAUCGUUGUCGAGAUAACUAAUACAUUGUGAAAGAAUUUGAAAUAUAUUUAGCACUUUAGGGAGUUUUCUACAGUAGAUGCUCCCUUUUAGCUUUGUAUCCUAUACUGUUGAAGUUAGAAGUUUACACACCUUAGCCAAGUACACUUAAACUCAAGUACAUUUGUUUUUCACAAUUCCUGACAUUUAAUUGUAGAAAACAUUCCCUGUCUUAGGUCAGUUAGGAUCGCUACUUUAUUUUAAGAAUAUGAAAUGUCAGAAUAAUUGUAGAGAGAAUAAUUUAUUUCAGCUUUUAUUUCUUACAUCACAUUCCCAUUGGGUCAGUAGUUUACAUACACUUCGUUAGUAUUUGGAAGCAUUGCCUUUAAAUUGUUUAAUUUGGGUCAAAUAUUUUGGGUAGUCUUCCACAAGCUUCUCACAAUAAGUUGCUGGAAUUUUGGCCGAUUCUUCCAGACAGAACUGGUGUAACUGAGUCAGGUUUGUAGGCCUCCUUGCUCACACACUUUUUCAGUUCUGCCCACAAAUAUUCUAUCGGAUUGAGGUUAGGGCUUUGUGAUGGCCACUCCAAUACCUUGACUUUGUUGUCCUUAAACCAUUUUGCCACAACUUUGGAGGUAUGCUUGGGGUCAUUGUCCAUUUGGAAGACCCAUUUGCGACCGAGCUUUAACUUCCUGGCUGAAGUCUUGAGAUGUUGCUUCAAUAUAGCCACAUAAUUUUCCUUCCUUAUGAUGCCAUCUAUUUUGUGUAGUGCACCAGUCCCUCCUGCAGCAAAGCACACCCAUAACAUGAUGCUGCCACCCCCAUGCUUCACGGUUGGGAUGGUGUUCUUUGGCUUGCAAGCCUCACCCUUUUUCCUCCAGUCAUAAGGAUGGUCAUUAUGGCCAAACAGUUCAAUAUUUGUUUCAUUAGACCAGAGGACAUUUCUCCAAAAAGUAAGAUCUUUGUCCCCUUGUGCACUUGCAAAUUGUAGUGUGCCUUUUUUAUGGUGGUUUUGGGGCAGUGGCUCCUUCCUUGCUGAGCGGCCUUUCAGGUUAUUUCGAUACAGGACUUGUUUUACUGUGGAUAUAGAUACUUGUCUACCUGUUUCCUCCAGCAUCUUCACAAGGUCCUUUGCUGUUGUUCUGGGAUUGAUUUACACUUUUUGCACCAAACUACAUUCAUCUCUAGGAGACAGAAUGUGUCUCCUUCCUGAGCGGUAUGAUGGCUGCGUGGUCCCAUGGUGUUUAUACUUGCGUACUAUUGUUGAACAGAUGAAAGUGGUACCUUCAGUACCUUGAGAUUUUUUCCUGAUGUCAAGCAAAGAGGCACUGAGUUUGAAGGUAGGCCUUAAAAUACAUCCACAGUUACACCUCCAAUUCAGUACACCCAGAAGCUAAUUGUCUAAAGGCUUGACAUCCUUUUCUGGAAUUUUCCAAGCUGCUUUAAGGCACAGUUAACUUAGUGUAUGUAAAAUUCUGACCCACUGGAAUUGUGAUACAGUCAAUUAAAAGUGAAAUAGGGGUGCACCGAUUGAUCGGCCACCGAUCAAAAUUGGAUGAUAUUCGUCUUAAAUCCAUCUGAAUGCCUACAAUCAGGGCUGAUCUUUUUUGCAGCACGCAGGGAAUCACACAUACACUGCUACUCUAAUGAAUGAGUGCUUGCUCAUCCCUUGAAGCAUGACAGAUUGGCCUUUGGAGGGUGAGAUGUUGGCAAUUCUAAGCAUUCACGAAUGUAAACUUUCAGACAUGAUGUAAUUCGCAUAAAUAUGCCGUUUUGUUUUUAAAAAUGUGUAAGAAUUACACAUGUAUGAAUAUUAGUUGCCCAUUUUCUAGAGUCAUUACGGUAGUUAUUCUGACUCGUUGCACAGUGAGCAGGAAGAAAAUAAAGAGGCUGCUAACAGGUCUAAAAAUGAAUUAAACAACAAAUAAACAUGCGAAUACAAAUCUGAGUACAUGUGAUGUAGCACAAGUUGUGACAAUCAGACGUGUGGAGCGAUAGAGACUGUUUGAGCGAUCAUGAGCGCUUUUAGCUUUACUCUCUUUAACAUGAGUGCUCUCUGUGUCAAUCAAACAUGCGGCUCUCCAGGUGCUCUCAAUAUCUCAUCAGUCACUCAUCCCAGCGCUAUUAUGUGAGGAUCCCAAUUUAAAUCAUAUUAAUGUUGGUCACAAUACCACUAAUAACAGAUGUAACCAUAUAUAACCUUCAAUAACGGCACCGCGUCUUCACGCAUUUGUUUAAUAAUUAGUGAUUUGUGUUGCAACAAGACGCCAAAGACAGUAAACAAAUCAUAGAUAUUAAUAAUUUCUCACUGGAACAGUUUUAGAGCUUGUAAUGGAUAUAUUUUUCUUAUUUUUGAAAGUAUCUCUGCUGUGUGUGAUGCUCUCAUGGUUUUUACUGGUUGCCAGUGUCACAGUUGCCUUUUAAUAUUGACAACAGAACUGUUCAUAACUGUUUCAAAACAAAUAAAUGUUAGCAAUUCACAAUUAAUGUAAUUUUAAUGUAAUUUUGGUAACAUUUAAUAAAAAGGUUUCAUUUCUUUAACAUUGGUAAAUGCAUUAGGUAUCAUGAACAAACAAUGAAAAAUAUAUUUUUACAGCAUUUAUUAAUCAUAAUGUUAGUUAAUAAAAUACAAUUGUUAAUUGUUAGUUCACCGUGCAUUAAUGUGCAUUAACUAAUACAACUUUUGAUUUUAAUAAUGUAUUAGUAUAUGUUGUAACUAACAUUAAGUUCAUUAGUUCAUGUUAACUACAGUAAUGUUGUUAAUGUUAACAAAUUAAACCUUUUUGUAAAGUGUUACCGUAAUUUUACUGAGUUAUAAACAUAUAACUGCAGCAUAUAACUUGCAAAAAGUGUGGCAAAGAGAAAUAAUUAUUAUCGAUAUCGGCUGAUCUUAGUGUUCAAAAAAAUUGGAGAUCGGUAUCAGUCUCAAAUUUCUUGAUCGGUGCACCACUAAAGUGAAACAAUCUGUCUGUAAACAAUUGUUGGAAAAAUUAUACCACAUGUGUCAUGUACAAAGUAGAUGUCCUAAACGACUUGCCAAAACUAUAGUUUGCUAAUAUUAAAUCUGUGGAGUGGUUAAAAAAUGAGUUUUAAUGACUUCAACCUAAGUGUAUGUAAACUUCUGACUUCAGCUGUAUGUGUCUACCAGGCUUGUCAAAGCUUUUUAAGUUUUGAUCAUCAUAAUGCUUUUCUAAGCGAUGUGUUUUGUGUGUUUAAUUUACUGUUUGUGAUUUGUUUAAUGUUUGUUUUAAUGUUUUAGAUUGUUUGCAUACAUGUUCUUCUAAUCCAUCCUAAAUUCACAUCUUAACAACUAUGACCUGUCAAAAAUUAUCACUCCUCCACACUUUUUUGUUUUAUUUUUAUUUAUUAUUAUGUUUUUUAUUUAAAUGAACCAGAGGUCCAACCUUAAGAUAUGAAUUAAUAUCAGGGAUGUGCACAUGUGCAACAUGGUUGUUGAGAUAUGAACAUCUGAUUGUUUGAUCACCGUAUACACACCAGACUACAAUUUAUUUGUUUGUGUACUCAGCAGAAAGAAAUGGAUAAUAUGGCUUUGUGAGCUAUAUAAGGAGCAGCUCAUUUCUUGAUUUUUGAGGUAGUUGGAGAUUAUUCAAUAAGCACAAUCAUGAUAGAGGGUUUUUUCAGGUGGGCACGUAUGCAUCCCAUCAGUACUUUAAAAGUACAUAUUAUGAGAGUUUCUUAGGCAUCUUACAGUGGCAGUUAGGUCCAAAUUACCUUAGGGUUCAAAAAGGGAUUGGUUUGUUUUUGCCCUCAAGUUACAAUAUACCCUGAGUUCUGUGUUCAGAUCCAUCUGUUAUUAAAAGUCUUUCAUGAGCAAUGCAAAUUCUGACAGGCUACACUAGAAUCUGUAGUGUAAUGGUUUCUUGAUUAUAUGACUCAGCUAUUUCAGAUUGGGAAAAACAAAUCAUCAAAUUAUUGUUUUAGAACAAGCUACAAAGAGCUUCAUGACACCACAGCAAGACAAUCUUUUCCAAAAAAAAUUUAAAAGUAAAAUUUUGGCAGAUAGGAUAGCUCAUACAACUCAAUCAUUUUUGUCAUGUAUCCUAACUGGAAGGUUUCUCUUGUCCUACACGGUUUAUUAUUCACAUUGACAGAAUGCCGAUACAUUUAGUCAUAACUGAUACUAAUGUAUUGUUUACAUCAGUCUUCAUUUUUUAUAUUUUCAGUGGUUUAUUUUAGUGUUUGAUUCGUUACAAUUCAGUUUUGUAGGCUUCUUCCCCUUUGUGGUAGAAUAUAGCUCAAAUUUGUAAUUAAAUGACACUUAUAUUUACAUUUUGCACAUUCAGAGACACCUGCAGUCUUUAAUACCUAACAUUUUCAGUGUUCUUGAUUCAAAGAAGCAGCUUUGUCUUUGACAAUAUUCUCAAGCAGACAUAAUGUGAGUAGUUUUAUUUAAAGUCUUCAUAAAUGUUUUUGCUUUGAUACUUCAGUUAUAUUUUAUAACACAACCCUUUCUUGCCUUUUAUAUUAUUAUUAUUAUUUUUUUUUUUUUUUAAAUAAUGUGCUUUUAUGUAAAAUUUGCAUAACAAAUUGUAAAUAAUAGACCAGCUGGUUUAAGUGUGCUGUUCCUUUGUGAGGUAGCAGUUUGUUAAAUGCGUGCUCUCUUUGUAGUAAAACACAAUUUCUCACCUGCAAGCGAGGCAUACAUUAUUUUUGUAAGACUGAAUUUUUAAAUGUACUAUGUACAUUUUAAACAUUUUAAAAAGUGAAUUUUGUCCCUUCUGCAGUACUGUCCUUUUGUCAAUAUUCAGAGCGGUGAAAAUUAUGGUUUUGUCCCAGUCACUGUUACAAAAUAGUUAGUUAUGUGUUUGGUAGGUGUAAAUUCAAAUACUGUCAAAUUAUGAGUUAUUACAAAAAAAAGUGGGUUUACAAAGAGUGCAAAAGGGAGAAUCUCUUUAAAACUGUCAGUGAAUCUCCAGGUCAUAUUUCACCCCAACACCAAAAGAAAAAAAAUAAGAAAAUGAGCAAAUUUCUUUAUACAUAUACCCCACCUCCAACAUUUUAUGACCCUAAUGUAAAAAACAAAUCUCAAUGUUAAAGAAAUACUUGCAUAUUGAUUAUAUUGAAAAGUAUGCAAAAAUAACAAUAAGUAUACGUCAUGGUGGUGUUUGUUGUACUGUAUUCAAUUUAUGCUGUUUUUUGUUUUGUUUUCGUUUUUUACCCCCCAUUCUGUCCAAACAGAAUAAUUGUAACAAUUCAUGAAAAUAAUUUCAGAAUGCAAAAAAAAAAAAAAAAAAAAUGGCUUCAUUUUCUUUAUGCAAAUUUUCAUUUCUUAUUUUGUCUUUUGAUUUUGGGGUGAUUAUGAGCCAGACAUUUGUUCUUGUAAUAUGAUAUGUAUAUAGGCUAAUGUGCUGGAACUUGCGUUCCAUACGAAGCCAUAAAAAAAAAAAAAUAAAGAA